AUGGGACAGCGGCUUGCGCAUGACCUGGGCCAAGAGCCUGCGCAGUCAGCUGAGGAGCUCCCACUUCCGGCGACCAUCGGCCACCUCGACGAGGCGCGGGCGCGAGCAAACAAGGAUGCAGAGAAGGGCUGCGGGAGUGGCGGCGCCCGCGGUGAAGAUGGGUGGCGACUACCUUGGGGAGCUGCCCUCCGAGCUCUCCUGAUCCUGGCCCUGUCUGCGCUGGUCCUGUACGUGCUGGAGAACCCUGUGAGCUGGAGCACCGCGCUCAUGAUGAGCUGCGCCAUGGUGCCAGGUUUUGCAGGCUCCUACCUCUGCAGCCGGGCGUCAUCGAAGCACUCUCUGUCGACGGCCGGCUUCCUUCUGUGCACCUGGUUGUUGGGUUUGGUUCAGGCGGAUGCAAUUCAGGACAUGGAGACGAUGCUCACCAGCACGCUGGCGGCCAGCCUCCUAGUGAACGAAAUCCUCCAUCCCAUCCAGGACGUCUGGCUGAUUCUACUUUCCGUCCAGCGACUCUCUCGUCUGCAGAAGUCGGCCGGCCAUGAGUUCAUUCCGCAUUUGAAGCAGCUGUUUCGAGUAGUUGGCGCGGUCUACAUCUUCGGGCAGGUUGGUAGCGUUGCUUUGGCUUUCGUGCGGCCCGACCUCGUGCCCUUCAUACGGAUCCUGCAGACCGUGCUGUACUCCUUCGUCGUGUGGCUGUGCAUCAGGAUCCUGUUCGCAUACCGGGAAGUUCUCCAAAGUCUGCACAAGGCGAGGGAGGUUGCUGAGCGCACAUGCGAUGUGAACGACCCAGGAUGCCAGGGCCUCAAGCGAGCAAGGUGGGCCAUGCGCAAGGAGACUUGGGGCGUAGCGCUGUGCUUUGCCAGCACCUUGGUGUCAUUCCCCUGCGCGCGCGUGCUCAUCCGAUACGGCCACUACGGCGCGCUUCCCUGGAUUCUCAGCUUCGUGCUGCUGGGCAACACCUUGGGCACCUGCUUCCUGUCGAAUGCCCACCGGCAGUCCAGCCGAACCAAGCCGCGCCCGCGAUUCCCGUGCCCGUGCGCCGGAAAGAGCCGAACUGCCACAGCGCUGGAGGAGGACUGGCAAGCAAAAGUGGAGGAGUUGUCAAUGCGCGGAGUCACUGCGCGAGCCUUGCUCCGAUUUUACAAGGAGCUGGGCAAGACCGCCAUGCCGCACUAUCAGGUCGGCGUGCAUACCACCAAUGACGUGGUGCGACAGGUGAUCAUUCCCCGGACGAGGGAGCGGCGCUGCGCCUACGCGGAGCUCAUGGGCGGGCCACUGCAGCCGGAGAGGAUGGUGACGCAUUCGUGGCGGAACCUCUUCCGCGAUUUGGUCGCGGCCGUCAUUGCAGAUGCCGUGGGUGAGAGUAGCUUUGGGCUGGUUGCUGCCCUUCUUGACGAAGAUGUGUCUGUGUUGGAGGCGCUACUACGGCAGCAGGGCACCGCCGAGCGCGUGUAUUGGAUCUGUGCUUUCGCUGUGAACCAGCACGCCGGCAUCUGCGAAAAUGUCGGCAUGGACCAGGACUCUGCCACGGGUGAGGUGCAUCCGGCCUGCGACUGUGGGCUCCCAAAGAUGCUCAACAACACGCCGCCCCUGUCUGCGGGAGGCCAAAGCAUUGGCUGCGAGAUGAACAAGUUCGACGACAUGAUGGCGCUGCUGGCCCAACGGGACCCCGACUUCUCCCAGGUCGUGGCGGUGGACGCCGGCUUUGCGCUCUUCAGCAGAGCAUGGUGCGUUGCGGAGCUAGUGAAGGCUGAUGAGGUGUGCCUCAAGCAGCAUGUCAAGAUGCACUCCAGGGAGGUCUUGGAAGACAUGACAGACAGCCUGCGGAAUCUGCGGGUUGAAGAUAUGGAGGCCUCGCGCGCGGAGGAUGUCGACUUCAUCUUGAACAAGAUUGAGUGCACAAGCGAGUUCAAUCGAAAGCUGCAGGUUCUGAUCUUCGACAAGGCAGGCCUGCUUUCUAAUUGGCGGCAGCUCGACGCCGCACAUCGGAUGGAUGUGGUGAAGGGCCCUGCAGAAAUCUUGGAAGACAUGGUGGCUGACAUGCAGGUGGUCGCCGGCAGUGUGGAGCGCCCAAAAGGAACCGCAAGAUCGCCAGAGAGCAUCGCGCCCGCCCGCGACACGGUGAUGCUGUCAGGGCGCUUCGACAAGGAGAGCAGAAUAGCCUACUUCGCAAAGGUCGAAGAGGAGCUCCAGAAAAGAGGGAUCAGGACCUUCAUGGUCAAGGCAGGUCCGGGUGAGGACUUUGGCCUGCAGACGGCCCGCGGCCUUGUAAAAGCAAGAGUGCUGGUGGCAUUCUGCAGUUCACAGUAUGGUCAAAGGACAGGCGCUGGCUUCGAGACGUUCGAGGAGCUGAGGUUUGUGCAGUCGCACCAACGAGAAAUCUCGCUCCUGCCCGUCAAGCUCUGCGAAGUGUAUCCACCGGAGCCCCCUGACGAAGAAGGCAGGUCUUUGUGCCAGCUUGCCUUCGCCCCGUCGCUGGUGUACAUCAACGGCGUGGACAAAGAUCUGAACUACAUAGCUGCAAGUGACGUGUCAGAGAAGAUUGUCCAGGCCCUCGACAAGAUGAACCUUCUGGAAGAGGUCAGGGAGCGCCUUCCCGAUCGGUGA